AUGGAACUCAGAGACGUGGAAUUCGAAAGGAAUCCAAUCACGGAUCCUGGGGUGGGAGGCGGGGGCAUUGCUACGUGGACAUCUCAGGCCAGGACGCAGGCGGGCAGAGGAGGGGUGGCCAGGCGGGAGGGGGGCGCCCCGAGAGCUGAAUGGUCUCUAGAGCCUGGGGUGGAAUAUAAAGGGGAACUGGCUCUCCAAGGCGCUCCCAGCCCGGGGACUCGGCGCUCCCGGCGGAAGGGGUUGCGGGAGGGGCGGCGGCGGGCCGCGAAGGAGGACCAGCCCGCGGCGCCGAAAUCUCCCGCGCUCAGGGGCUGGCUCCUCCUCCUCCUCGGCCGGGCCUCGCACGCCCCUCGCCACCUCCCAGCCCGCCAGCCGCCUCCUCCCGUUGCCCCCCGCAACCAAGGCCCCGCUCGGGCCGGACUACGACGCCCCCCUGCGGCCCCCACCCGCGCCGAGCCGGGCGGCCAGCCGCGCGCCGCCAGUGACGGCACCGCAGGGUGCGUGGCCAAUCGGUGCGCCCCCGAGGGGGCGGCCUCAGUCCCGCCCCCUGAGCCCACGUCCAAUGAGGAACCGGGCCCGGCGGCCACGGGAAAUGAAAUGCCACUCAGACGCCCGGCCGUCAAGUCCCCUCCUGUUCAGAGUGACCCUCAGGAAGUUUUUGAGGCUGUAGACCUUGAUGAGCGGAGACUGCCCAAAGAGUGGCUGAUAGAUUCUGACUAA